AUGUACAAAGAAGAUUUCAAGACCAUGAUUGAAGAGAACAGGAGCAGCAAUGACACUUUCUCUGCCUUCACUCACACCAACACCAUGAGCGCCAUACUGAUUACCACCUACUCAGUUGCCUUUGCUGGAGGUGGGAUUGGGUCGAUCAUGAUGUCGUUUGUGCUGGUCAAGAUGAACGCUCUGUCUGCGACCACCACAGCCAUCAUUAACCUGGUUGUUGUGCACAGCCUCCUCCUCUUCACGAUACCGUUCCGCCUGCACUACUAUGUCAACAAGAAGUGGGUAUUCAAGAUGCCAUUUUGCAAAAUGGUGAGUGCCAUGGUGCACAUCCACAUGUACUUGACCUUCCUAUUCUAUGUGAUCACUCUGGUGAUCCGGUGGCUCAUCUUCUUUCAGUGGAAGGACAAGGUGGAGUUUUACAGGAAGCUGCAUGCUAUUGCAGCAAGCAUUGCCGUGUGGGUCUUUGUCAUGGUCUUUGUGGUGCCAGUCUUGUACUUUGAGUAUGGGCGCUCAGGUCUAUACAAUGAUACAACAUGCUUUAAAUUCCACAAAGAACUACAGCAGGAUAGUGUGAAAGCACUGAACUACGCCAUAGUUGUAGCUAUUGCCUGCAUUACUUGUGUCCUCUUGGGCCUGCAGAUUUUCAUCCUGGUACAAGUGGCAAGAAAACUUUCCACCUCCUUCUGGUCACACCAAGAGUUCUGGGCCCAGGUGAAAAACUUGAUUUUCAUCUGUGUCAUCAUAAUUUGCUUCCUUCCCUAUCACCUCUUUAGGUCCUACUACAUACAGCAUGUGAGUGAUUUUGACCAGUUAGAAAGCUACAAUGAAGUGUUUUUGAGUCUGACUGCCCUCAGCUGCCUGGAUCUGCUGUCGUUCGUGCUGAGCGGAAGCCGCCUCUUCAAGCAAAAGGUGGGCAUGCUCCGCAGCAGGUUGUCUUGCUGCUAG